GUGCGUGUGUGUGUGUGCGUGUGUGUGUGAUGAGAAGAGGGGUAGAGAACCCAUUCCCCCUUUCUCGCACUCUCUCUCCUUCUGGCUUUCCUUCCCGGAGCCGGGUGCCUGUGGUAGAACCCAUCCCUGUUCCGCUCUUCCCUUCUUUCUCGCCGCAAGCCGAGCUGCCUUCCUUAGUAUACUUUGCGCCGGGUCCCCUUCUAACCCCGUUCGCUGGCUCUUUUGUUAAUUUCUCACCGGCCAGGGGCUCGUAGGCAGGUGAAGAGUUGGUGGUGAAACCUCGCCCUGUUGGGGGGAAGCCCCUGGAAACCGCGCGGUCCAGGUGAGACCCCGAGGCGCCUUUCGAUGAAGGGAUUUGGCUCCGGAGGUUCGGACCUGCGCCUUCCGAACGCCGACUCUCGGGUCCUGGCCAGAGCCUGGGGCGCGGAGACCGCGCAGGGCUCUGGCUCCGCGCCCGAGCGACAAGUUGCUUCUCUAGUCUUGCGGCGCGGCGCUGUCAUGCCAAGCCCCCGGUGACCAAACUUGUUGGGUGUUCCCUAGUAACCCGCUCGAGUAGGCUGGGCGCCCGGAGUUCCUGCAACUUUGAUUUGCAAAUCGACUUCCCUUUGAAGCGCUCGGAAGCAUUUCCUGUGCUUCUCCCGGGCUCUUGCAGAGGUCGGAAUUCCUCAUUCCCAGCUCGUAAAUGACAAGGCUCUGAGCUCGGACCCCAAGAAGCGCCAGCCCCCUCCUCUUUGUGUAAUUUCCCUGCGCUGGCCCAGAGAGGCGCCCUUAGUUUCGAAUCCUGGAGACCUCGGGGGUUAGAAUAAUGCCGCUACUCCCACCCUGAAGCCGGGCACCUAACAGGUCCCUCAACAGAUUGUCGGAUGGUGUGUAAAGGGGAAUCAUGAAGCCGACCUGGAGAGCAAAUCCCCCCUCAAGUGUCCUGUCGUUCGAAUUAUUACUGCUGAGAAGUGGAAAUGGAGGCCCAUAAAGGAGAGGAGACUUAAUCAUCUUGAACACUGAUUUUACUUUUGGGCAGAGUGGAGGUUAGCAGUCUUAUGAUGAGGGUACUGUUCCUGUUGCGACUUUACUGAUAAGGAAACCACUGCAGGAAUGGUGCAAAAGCUGGACCAAAAACUUCCAGUGGCCAAUGAGUACCUGUUGCUCUCCGGGGGAGUCCGGGAAGGCGUGGUGGACCUGGACUUAGAUGAGCUGAAUGUCUAUGCCCGGGGGACAGACUACGACAUGGACUUCACUCUUCUGGUGCCAGCCCUUAAGCUGCAUGACCGUAAUCAGCCUGUGACACUCGACAUGCGCCACUCAGCCUUGUGCCACUCUUGGCUGAGCCUCCGGCUCUUUGACGAGGGGACAAUCAGUAAGUGGAAAGACUGCUGCACCAUCGUGGAUCACAUCAACGGUGCCACCAACUACUUCUUCUCCCCAACCAAAGUGGCCGACUGGUUCUAUGACUCCAUCAGCAUUGUCCUCUCGGAGAUCCAGAAGAAACCCCAGCGAGGGAUGCCAAAGGUGGAAAAGGUAGAGAAGAACGGGACCAUCAUCUCCAUCAUUCUGGGAGUGGGAAGCAGUCGCAUGUUGUAUGAUAUCGUCCCUGUGGUAUCUUUCAAGGGCUGGCCAGCAGUGGCCCAGAGCUGGCUCAUGGAGAACCACUUUUGGGAUGGGAAGAUCACUGAGGAAGAGGUCAUCAGUGGGUUUUACUUGGUGCCUGCUUGCUCAUACAAGGGUAAGAAGGACAAUGAAUGGCGGCUGUCCUUUGCCAGGAGCGAGGUGCAGCUGAAGAAGUGCAUCUCUAGUAGCCUCAUGCAGGCCUACCAGGCCUGCAAAGCCAUCAUCAUUAAACUCCUCUCCCGGCCCAAGGCUAUCAGCCCCUAUCACCUGCGGAGCAUGAUGCUCUGGGCCUGUGACAGACUUCCUGCCAACUACUUGGCCCAAGAAGACUAUGCAGCGCACUUUUUGCUGGGCCUCAUCGAUGACCUACAACACUGUCUAGUCAACAAGAUGUGCCCCAAUUAUUUCAUCCCUCAGUGCAACAUGCUGGAGCACCUAUCAGAGGAGACCGUCAUGCUCCAUGCGCGGAAGCUCUCCUCCGUCCGCUCGGACCCGGCGGAGCACUUGCGCACGGCCAUCGAGCAUGUCAAGGCGGCCAACCGGCUGACGCUGGAGCUCCAGAGGCGGGGCAGCACCACCAGCAUCCCCUCCCCGCAGUCCGACGGAGGGGACCCCAACCAGCCUGAUGACCGUUUGGCCAAAAAACUGCAACAGCUAGUGACUGAGAACCCGGGGAAAUCCAUCUCUGUCUUUAUAAACCCUGAUGAUGUCACAAGGCCCCAUUUCAGAAUUGAUGAUAAAUUUUUCUGAGCGUUUUGCUGCCUCCCCCCUCCCCCACCCCUUUUUCUGGUUCUCAGACGCUCAUCAUGUGUAGUGUGGUUUGUGAUGCUGACUUUCCGUUUUUUACAUAUCCAGCCUAGAUUGGAUCUGUUAAGAACACAUUUUAAGUUUCCUGGUUCUGCAGGACGGUGCAGGCUCUGAAACAGUAUAUUACUAUUUCAUAUUCUGCCUCUGAUUUUGUUGUUUAUUAUUUGUAGUUAUUGUCACAUUGGUUUUUGGUUUUGGUUUUUUUAAGGAGAACUUGAGCCAUAGACGAAAAUGCCCAUGAAUUCUCUUGCUUUUUUACUGUUUCAUGCUUUGUGCAAAUUUGUUAAUGAGGAUAGGGCAACAGAUCUCUUUCUGACACUUCAGGAUUCUGUUGUGGGUUUUUUUGUGGGGUUUUUUUGUCUUUUUAUUUAAAUUUUUUUUAAUGAGCUUUCAUCACUACAGAUAUUUGAGAAUCAUCUGAACCUGGAAACUACCUGGUAUGUUAGCUGGGUUUAUUCCCUUUGACCAGUGACGGGAGUAGUUUCCCCCUUUUCACCAAACAAUGUAGACUUUGGAAGUGAUAAUGCUACCAGUUGUGUUUUGAAGCAACUUCAUUGAAUGUAAUUGUCCUCAGAUCAGAACUUUGGAUGGUUUGGAGGGUGUGUUCGACAACUUUCCAAACAGAAUUAAGGUUUCCAAAUGGUAGUUUUAGCGUGUGUAAUUAUUUGAAGCCUUAUUUAAAUCCUAUUAAAGAACAUACCAUUAUAAUUGUUAUUUGCACUAAUGAAAUCUUGGCCAUUGUCAGAGUUCCAGUGUGUGUGUUUCAAUAGACAUUGACAUCCAUUGUUGAAAUGCUAUCAUUUUUUUUUUCAUUUAACCCAUUUCUCUCGAUCAAUAGAAUGAUUCUUUGCAUUUGUUUUGUUCUCCUUUAAUUGUGGGGUCCUGUUUUUCCCUCUUUGAUAUUCCUGGUUCCUGUCUUACGGAGAGAAGUUUGUAAAGCUUUACACCUGCUAAGUGACCAUCCGAAGCUGGGGAAAAUAUACUUGAUAGAGUAGGUGUCUUUGUAUGUACUGCUUUUGGGGUUAUAGAGGUAAGCUUUUAUGUAAAGUCUCUUUGCUUCUACUGGGAGUUGUGGGGAAAACUGGCAGAAAGAAUUUAUAAUCCCUGAAUAGAAGACACCAUGCCUGUUCAAAAGCAGGUUUUCUAUAGAGCAGGAACGAGGACAUAUCUGUGGGUGGUAGCUUUGUGUGGAGGUGUCUUAUCUUCAUGAAUGAAAUCACUUGCCAGGUUUAGAUACCACAAGUCACUGGCUCCCUGUUUUGGUAUGGACUCAUGGCAAACUGUGGUGUCUGAGAGGUCAGGGGCCCAGCUGAUAUCUCAAAGGAUGACCAUGAUGUCUACUACUGGAAAGGUCAAGCAACAAUUUGGAUUUGAUCUUAAAGGUCCAGACUCACAAGUUGGAUUUUAGCCAAUUGAAAUCAGGCAUAUGCAGUCUUGGGUUUUUGCAUGGGAAUUAAUGUAAUGCUUAUAACUGAAAAUGAAAUCAUUCAGCCAUCUUAAGUCAAACACAAAAUAAUAAACAUAUUGGCCUUGGAA